AGAUUAUAUAUUUGCUUGACUAGUUUAGUUAUUUAAACUCAGUAUGACAGCUUAUGUCAUGGAAGGACUGUUAUGUAAAUGGACUAAUGUUAUGAAAGGAUGGCAAUACCGGUGGUUUAUUCUUGAUGAUAAUGCUGGUUUACUCUCCUAUUAUACUUCAAAAGAUAAGAUGAAGAGAGGAGCACGCAGAGGUUGUGUUCGUCUUCGAGAUGCAAUUAUUGGAAUCGAUGAUGAAGAUGAUUCAACUUUCACCAUCACUGUUGAUCAAAAAGUUUUUCAUUUUCAAGCUAAAGACGCUGAAGAAAGAAAGGAAUGGGCUUCUGCAUUGGAAGAUACUAUACUAAGACAUAGCCAACGUCAGGUUGAGCCAUGUUUUACGCCUUCGCUUGAAGAAUUUGACCACAAACUUGCAGAAGCUGAUGCCUACUUACAAUUGCUGAUAGAACAUGUUCGGGCAAUUGAAUCAAAAGUGGGAAAACUAGGCUCUUCUUCAGAUAAACAGAAUCUGGAAGGAAUUUUGAGUUCAGGACAGGAAAUGAUUGAAGCUGUGACCAAAUCUAUCAUGCUACUUCAACUUGCUAAGACUGCAGUUACAAGCAAUUCUCCUCAGCACAAUAUACAUUCUCAUCUUGUACAGCAGACACCAGUAGCUCCUGUUACUGCACCUCAUGCAACAACAACAGAGGGUGGAGAUAACGUUGGCGGAGUAAAAAGUUUUGUCGAGCUUGAAGAUGCUGAUAAUGAAGUAGUUGGUAGCAGUGUGGAUAGUGUGCAUACAAAUGGAUCAAGCGAUGCAGAGACCAAAGUAACAGAAGAGGAUAAUUUUACACCCGCUGUAGAAGCAAGGAAUACAAAUAACAGCAGAGAAAUUGAAAUGCAACCUGAAGUGAAAGCAGUUACUUCUGCACAAGUUUUCAGCUCGCCACAUGUUGUGAAUAAUGCAGCCAGUUUAUCUGAUGUUCCUCCAACAUCUUACUCGAGUAGUGAAGAUGAGGGAGAUGAAUUCUAUGAUGCGGAUGAAGAUGUAAGAUCACAACGCAGCAACCGAAGCAAGUCUUCUGUGGAAAACAGAAGUGUUGAACAAAAAACUGCGACCACACCGAGUGUAGACCAAGAUCCAGUUGAUGAUUUGGCAGAAGUGAAACCAGAAGCACAGGAAAUUAAUGUUGCGGCACCAACACACCAACAUGGAGAUAUGUUUAUGGAAGAAGAUGAUCAUAACGCAACUAAGGAUGGUGAAUCUGUUGAAGAGCAUAAGAGUGUGAUCAUGCAUUUAUUGUCCCAAGUGAAACUUGGUAUGGACCUCACAAAAGUGGUUCUUCCAACAUUUAUAUUAGAACGUCGAUCGUUGCUUGAAAUGUAUGCGGACUUCUUUGCCCACCCAGACUUGUUUCUUGAGGUUGCUGAUAAAGAAACAGCCGAAGCAAGAAUGGUUGCUUGUCUGAGGUUUUAUCUCAGUACGUUUGCUGCUGGUAGAAACAGCUCAGUUGCUAAGAAACCUUACAACCCAAUUUUGGGGGAAUCGUUUCAAUGCAUUUAUGAUUUGUCAUCUCAAGCUACCGACGGCGAAAAUCCCACAACAGUUACAGAUGGACCAAUACCAUGGGCUAAAUCCAACCAGUUGUCCUUUUUCUCUGAGCAAGUGUCCCACCAUCCACCUGUUUCUGCUUUCUACGCCGAACACAAGGACAAAAGGAUGCAGUUCAACGGACAUAUAUGGACCAAGUCAAAAUUCCUUGGAUUAUCCAUCGGUGUGCAUAAUAUUGGACAAGGUUGUCUGAGAUUAUUAGACAGAGAAGAAGAAUAUAUCAUUAACUUUCCGAACGGUUACGGGCGUUCUAUUCUCACUAUACCAUGGGUGGAGUUAGGGGGAGAUUGCACAAUUACUUGUGAGAAGACGGGAUAUAAUUCCUUCAUUAAGUUUCACACCAAGCCCUUCUAUGGUGGAAAGCCACAUCGAAUCACGGCCGAGAUAUUCGCUCCAAAUGAAAAGAAAGCGUUUUGUACGAUAGAUGGAGAAUGGAAUGAUCAUAUGUAUAUCAAAUAUACUUCUGGGCGGAAUGAAAGCUUUAUUGACACAAAAAGGAAAAAGAAAACGCAAAAAACUGUGAGAAAAAUUGAGCUACAAGAUGAGAUGGAAUCACGUAGAUUAUGGGAGAAAGUCACGAUAAACUUGAAACGAAACAACAUUGAUGAAGCAACUGAUGGAAAGAGAUUUUUGGAAGAUCGUCAGCGACAAGAAGCAAAACAAAGAUUAGAAAGUGGAACAGUUUACAAACCAAAGUUAUUCCAGGAGGACGACUGUCAAAAUUGGAUUUAUAACAAUCCGCUGACUAAUCGAUUGUAACCAUUCCAUUGUCUUCCAUAGAAAUCAUAUUUUCGUUAACCAUUACCAUAAUUUGUGAUAUCUAUUUUUAUUGUAAACUAAUAAAUGUGUUUAUUCAUAUUUUAAUGUUUCAGUUUAAUUUAUUCUGAAUUUUCCAUUAAGUGUUCACAUCUUAUUGCAAAAACGUCCAGAAUGCCUGAAUUUAACAAAAUGUCUGAAAACAAAUGCACUUAAUCUAAAUUAAGGUUCUGAUUAAGGGGUUAAAGGUCUAUUCUUACCUACAUCCCAGGUCACCUGGUAUUUCAAAACUGCGCACCUUACACGAUGGUUCUGUUUUCGAAUUAUAUAAAGUGCUUUAAAUAGGUGUAAAAAGUGAAAUUUAUUAUUUGAUUUCUAAUCCCAAAGAAUUGCUGAUUCAGCUUUAAUUGGACUUUGUGUUUUAUUGUAUGUUGCAAAACCAUCUAUGUACGCAGCAAUAAUAGUAUAUUGGUUUUAAAUUUCUAAUGCAUGUAGUAAGUGUGGUGCUGUAUUGAACAGCUAUCCAUAUACUGUUGUUAUAUAUGUGGUGGUAGAAAAACACCAAAUAAACAUUCUUCAAAGAUUA